CAUUGUAGGUAUACCCCUCAACACAGUUCAAUCGCUGAAAAACGGUGAGCAUUUCAGUGAAUUUCCGUGUAUAUGUGAAUUUAAUUUUUUAAUUUCACAAUUGUACGAUAACACUUCGCACCAGCAGUGAACAAAUUAACAAUAUCAUAAAUUGAGAAGUUGUUGUUAAAAGUUUGUGUUUAGUGAGAGCCUACUCGCCCUUGUGAAAUACAACGACAAGCAAGCAAGAAGAUACUUUGGUUUGCAUUUUUCUUGAGUUGAUGCAAUCGAUUUUUCCUCAGCCAGUCAAUGAGUAAUCUUUAAUUUUAUGGCUUAGUUGGCCAGUGAGUGCUUUUUCGCUUUUUCAAUAUAUUCAUACAUUGCUUAAUGUGUGACUCGUGUGAAAGUUUCUUCGCCAUUAAAUAGAGAGACAACGUACAACCAAGCCAAGGAAAAAAAAAUAAAGAGAACGACGGAGCAUUGUGAAACAAAAAGCCCCAAGACUCAAAUAUUAAUUUGCAAUUAAUCAUGAAAUUUUCUCCAACGCCAACAACAAUAUUCAAUAACAAUCGCACACACGAAAUAACUUUGUCGAGUUUGCAAGAAUCCCUUAACAUAUAUAAAACAAGUGCUGCUAUCGCAGAAGAGCCAAUACAGCUGAAUUCACCAAGAAGACCUUACUACCAACACCAUCACCAUCAAGUUCAAGUGAUAUUCAAAAGAAAUAAAAAGCAAAAACAACAACACCUAAGCAAAAAAUUUGUAACAUUUAAAAAUUGGAAAACCCAAAACUUUUGCAUAGCUACGUCUUGAUUACGUGAAAAACAAAAAUAAAAAUAAAACUACAAAAGGCAUAUAAAACUGUGAACAAGAAACGUGCGGAGAACGUAAACUAAGUGAAUUUAUUUAAUUGGCAAUCCAGUAAAAUACAAAAAGCAAAAAAAAAAACUACAAAAAAACCUAUAUCAAAAAAUACGUACUACGUUGGCACACAAGUAGACAUCGAAUUACCUCGUGUUUUGCCGUCAGAGUUUUUAGUUUUUCUUUUAUUUCAUUCGCAUUCGCAUACCCAUCGCACAUUUUUCUUGAGCCACGUUUUAUUAAAUUGCGCGCGCGCGCCUUGAAGCCCGGCAAGGAAUUUCAUUGUUUCUUUUGAAUUCCUUUUUGUCUACGUUUCAAAAUUCUCGUAACUGUGUGUGCGUGUGAUUGCAUUUGAAAGAGAUAGCAUUUCAACCAUACUUUCAACACAAAGAACAACACAACACUAAACAACCAGAGACUAGAAGAAUUUUAUAGGUUGACUGACAACAAAAAUUCAAAGGUCUCUUCCACACACUAGUAACAUUUCCUCCUCAACAACGGCGGCAUCUGUGUAUUCCGUAAAAAUUUCAAGAAACCAGGAGAGAUCGCAAAAGAAAUCCAAAUCCAACAUGCCUAAACGCAAUAAGAAAGGUGGCAAAGGUCGCCAGGGUGAUUCCAAUUCCGAGGAUGAGUCAUUAAAUGAUAAUGUCUCCGUAUUCUCAUAUAUGUCAGAAAAUGGUGCAUCAUCUGUCAAUGAUUCCGAUGAGCUAACAUCUAAUGAACGUUACGAAGAGAAAUUUAUGCAAGCAUUGGAAAAUGCUACCGAGAAGUCAGCCCAAACACGUGUCUUGGCCUUACAAAGUAUAUGCGAAAUUCUAAUGCAUCGUUAUAUGCCCGAUUUUGUCGAUGAACGCAAAGUUACCCUGAUCGAUUGUAUCGAAAAGAGUAUUCGGCGCGGAAAAGGUCCCGAACAGGUAUGGGGUGCCCGAUUGGCUCCAUUGCUGGUAUUACAAUUAGGCGGAGAUGAAGGCAUUUCAAAGGCAUUGAAUCAAUUUUUAUUAACAACAGUACAAGACAAAUCAGUAUCGUUUGAUGCACGUGCCAAAUGUUGCACCGCCUUAGGUUUAUUGAAUUUCUUUGGUGGUGACGACAUUGGUGAGGUGGUCACUUUAAUGCAAUUCUUUGAAGCUAUAUUCAGUGCAAGCUAUCUAAAAGGCGAUGACAAGACCCCCAUAUCUGUAAGUGCCGAUGCAGGAAAUUUGCACGCUGAGGCUUUGUCAGCAUGGGGAUUACUGUUGACUAUGAUACCUUCGGGUGAUUUUGUUUCUUGGAUGACAAGUGGCCAGUCCAUGUUACCUUCCUUCAAAAAGUUAAUGGGCUUAUUGCAAUCGCCCCAUUUGGAAGUACGCAUAGCUGCAGGUGAAACCUUAGCCCUCAUUUUGGAAUGCGGUCGUGCCCAUGACGAAGAAUUUCUAGAGGAGUACUUAAACGAUUUGAUAGAUUCUGUAAAACAACUUGCUACAGAUUCUCACAAAUACCGUGCCAAACGUGAUCGUAAAACUCAAAGAGCUACAUUCAGAGAUGUGCUGCGCUAUUUGGAGGAGGAUAUUUCGCCUGAAAUCACCAUACGCUUUGGCGGAGAGUCCCUGGUUUUAGAUUCGUGGGCCAUACACCACCAAUAUUCUGCAUUAUGUGUAAUAAUGGGCCCUGGAAUGACCUCGCAAUUGCAAGAAAAUGACUUCAUACGUGAUAUUUUCGGUUUGGGAGCUAAGGUCGACACAGCAAACGGUGCUACUAAACACAAAGCCACCAAAUUGGAAAGACAUUUGGUAAAUGCUGCUGCAUUUAAAGCACGCACUAUCACCCGUGGCAAAAACCGCGACAAGCGUUCUGCAGUUUUUACUUAAAAAAAUGUUCAUAAAUUUGACAUUUUAAAGUCGAGUCAGUCAGAUAGCUAGCCUAAUUCUCAAAGCCGACAAAAUUUAGUUUUUGUUUCUAUUUAGAUCAACAUGGUAGCCCUUUUUAAUGAAAUAUAAUGAAUUUGAUUUUAUUUUCUUUACUUUAUCUUUUGUUUUUGUCCUGUUUGAAGUUUUUUGUUACGCUUGUUUUAACUUUAGAAUUUUAGAAAUCCUAGUAUAUUUAUUACAAUAAAAUACUUAUAUUUAUAUAUAGUAUAUAUAGAAAUAACAAAAUACGCAUAUGAAACAUUAUACAUAUUCAAUGUACACUAUAAAUAACAUAUUAGUCAAUGAAUGGCGUUCUAUAUAUAGUUACGAAACUUAUACGAAGGUGAGCGGUAAUCUUAGUUGCUCAUAUCAUUGCAGUUUUCACACUACAAUUAUUAAAUAUUAGUAUAUAACAUCAGAGUAAUCUAACAAAUGAUUGAAUUAUUUUAAAUUGAUAAAUAAAAAUCCACAUGUGUGUAUAAAUAAACUUA